AUGUCUCCUAGAUCAAAGCAGCCAUCAAGAAAAGGCAGAGAGAGCCCCGGGCAAUACGAAACCUACGACGAGCGGCACGGCGUCUCUCCCGCAGGAACAACAGAAAGCUACUACGCCUCGUCGUCAACUACUGCUGCGGCCGGUCCCAGCCCGGCAACGGAUUAUGAGGAGACCCUUAACACCACAACUACAACAACAACAGCGAUGACCAAGUCCAAGUCAAUACGGAGUGACGGGGAGAUCACAUUGCAAGGUCCGCUAAAGAUCGCUGGAUCCGUGGGGGCCGGUGGAAAUGUCACGUUUAAUGGUGAUUUCGACGUGAGGGACAAGGUUGAGGCGUACGGGGCCGUCGAGGUUAAUGGGAACCUGGUGUGCGAAGAUAAAGUCAAAGGCUUCGGCAAGUUGAGAGUCACCGGGACGUGUGAGGCCAAGGAUCUGGAGAUUUAUGGUAACACGACGAUUAACGGGUUUCUGAAGAUGACUCUGUACGGGUCGCUGACGAUCGUGGGACCGAACUCGGGAUACCACGCCGAAGAAGAGGAGAAGAUUUGGGGUGCGAUCAUCAGCCGUGAGGAAGACGUCGGCUGGUGA